GAUUUCAGGAAGCAGAGGUCUCUUCUCCAAUACUUCCAGUUUUCACAAAAAAAGCAGUGUCACUUCCAUGAAGACAAAUGCAAGUGGUAGCAAACCACGUGGCUCUUUGCUGGUGCUGCUUGAGAAGAAAAUUGGUCAUUGUGAGAAGGGUAUGCUGAUCUGACCCUGGCUACAACCAGACAUGCAAGUGUGAAAUCCAGUUGAAAGGGUCGCACGGCUGAAGCUGCAAUAUAAAGUAAAGAUGCUCAUCUUUCAGCAACACACUAGUAAGAAUCAGAAACAGGUUCAUGAGUAUGAGAAAGUGUUGCAGAGUGGCAGGCAGGGGACUGCGCCCAGUCAUGGCGGACCACAGAAACAAGAUCCGACGAGCCACACAGCAGGAGAGGAAGAUGGCGGCAGUCUUUACUGCAGACUACGAAGGACUAUACUCGAUCCAUAGAAAAGCGGUGGGAGUUGUCUGCGAUUCAACACAACAGAACCAAGAACCUCACAGUAAGGAACAAAUGGAUGGAAAAGACAAACGGUCAUGGCGACGUUCUGCUUUGGCCAGGCCUUCUUCUGUCAAGUUGAUCGGAGGGAAGCUGCCAUCACUGACGCCCUAUGUGUUAAAAAAUAAUGCUAUGGAAUCCUCAGUCAAUGGAUGUACUGCUGGAGGAUGUGCGAGGAAGACAAUCAAACUCAAGGAGUUUUUUUGCAGUGGAAUAAGUAGAAGUCUGGAUCCGAUAGUUGUGCAGUGUGGGCUCUACGGGGACGUGGUUUAUGGAUGCUGGGACUAUGAGCAUAAGCGACAACAGGAACUACUUAGCAGACCUGGGAGGCAGCUUCACUGAGGAUGCUCCUAGACCUCCAGUUCCAGGGGAAGAAGGUGAGCUGGUGUGCAUUGAUGGGCGCCAGUACAGCAACGUCGGCUUCUCCUCGAAGAUUGAGAGCCUCAAAUGUGAGGCGUCUGUGUCUACACCCAGACGCCCCGACUUGGACCUUGGUUAUGAGCCGGAGGGAAGUGCCUCCCCUACACCGCCUUACUUAAAGUGGGCCGAAUCUCUCCACUCCCUCCUGGAUGACCAAGAUGGCAUCCACCUGUUCAGGACGUUCCUCAAGCAGGAGGAGUGUGCAGACAUGUUGGACUUCUGGUUUGCGUGCAGUGGCUUUCGCAAACUUGAAGCCAAUGAGGGUAAUGAGGAGAAGAAGGUCAAACUGGCGAAAGCGAUCUAUAAGAAAUACAUCCUGGACAACAAUGGGAUUGUUUCCCGACAGAUUAAACCGGCCACCAAGUCAUUCAUCAAAGACUGCGUCAUGAAGCUUCACGUUGACCCUGCAAUGUUCGAUCAGGCUCAGACUGAGAUACAGACUAUGAUGGAGGACAACACUUAUCCCCUAUUUCUGAAGUCUGACAUAUAUUUGGAAUAUACGCGGACAGGAGGAGAGAGCCCUAAGCUGUUAAGCGAUCAGAGCUCUCUUUCUGGGAACGGAAAGGGAUUGUCGGGUUAUUUACCCACUUUAAACGAAGACGAGGAGUGGAGAUGUGACCAGGAGCCAGAGGAGCAGCCCGAGUGUGACCCCACGCCGAGCAACCGGCUUACCCAGAAGCUGCUGAUGGAGACGGCUCCGCAGCGUGUCGCCAACAGCGGCAGAUUCCAGGACAGUCACGAUAACAGGCAUGCACCAUAUCGGGAGCCCGUCAACCCGUACUAUGUCAACACUGGUUAUGCUAUGGCUCCUGCCACCAGCACCAACGACAGCGAGCAGCAGAGUAUGUCCAGCGAUGCAGACACUGUUUCCCUCACCGACAGCAGUUUAGAUGGGGUUCCACCCUACAGAUACCGCAAACAGCAUCGCCGGGAGAUGCACGAAAGCGCCAAAGCAAAUGGGCGAGUGCCACUACCUCAUAUCCCACGCACAAACCGGAUUCCAAAGGAUAUCCACGUGGAGCCGGAGAGGUUUGCUGCAGAGCUGAUCUGCAGGCUGGAGGGCGUACUGAGGGAGAGAGAGGCUCAGGAGAAGCUGGAAGAGCGGCUGAAGAGAGUACGAUUGGAAGAGGAAGGCGAUGAAGUCAUGUCCACAGAUGCAGCGUUAUCCAGUCACAGGUUCCCCCCUGGUGCUUAUCCGCAGAACUACAACUCACGCUAUGCUGACAACACCUACAGUGGUCUUAUCCUGAGAGACGCUCACGAGGAGAACCCCGAGAGCAUCCUGGAUGACCACGUGCAGCGGGUCAUGAAGACCCCUGGCUGCCAGUCCCCCGGCACAGGACGCCACUCUCCCAAGUCACGCUCGCCUGAAGGUGUCCCAGGGGGCAAAGGGGUGGGACUUGGAAUGGCGCAGGGGAAACAUCCGUCCAGGCACGGCGUCAAGGGAGACCACCUGUAUCACCACAAACACAUGCACCACAUCCACCACGCCGGCGUCGGGAAGCCCAGGGAGCAGGUGGAAGCUGAGGCGGGCAUGCGCAUGCACGGCAACCUUUCCUGGAGCGCAGACACGGGGCAUUAUGGAUCGAAGUCUCGCAGCUACGCGGAUGGCAUGGGAUCCAACCCCGUGGAGCACACAGGGUAUAGUAGCAAAGGAGGCCCACAGUGUAAAAGGGCGUUGAAGAAAUGUGAUGAAGUGCGGCCUUAUGACGUGCCAGCGCCUCCAGAGGAGAUGGAGAAAAACCAGAAGAUCCUUUUGUGGCUGAUGGAAGGACAGAAGGAAAUGGUUCAACAUAAGAGGAGCCCAUACGGGAGUACGACUGGGUCCAAGAGGACGUCAUGCCAUGAGGCCCAGCAGCGGAACAAUGUGCAGCCAUCCCACCCUUUUAUCCAGGAUCCCACCAUGCCCCCAAAUCCUGCUCCCAGCCCCCUCAUCCAGCUGGAGGAGGUGCGCCGGCGGCUUGAAGAGGAGAAGAUUAAUUCAGGAACUGUUCAACCCAAGCAACGGUAUGUGAUGGAGGUGAUCCAGAGGGGUCGCACCGCCGUCAGGCCGGCACUGUUCCCUCCGCUCAGCGUGGUGCCCGCCGUCUCUGACAGCGAGCUCUCCCAGCCCGAACACAAAGCCACUAAGAAGCAUCCCUGUGAAAACACGACUGUGGCGUAUUACUUCUGUGAGGAGCUGAUACCGUACAGGACGUCUGUCAAAGGGAGGGUCGUCACGCUGGGCCAGUUCAAAGAACUGCUGACGAAGAAAGGAAAUUACAGGUAUUAUUUCAAGAAGGUGAGCGACGAGUUUGACUGUGGGGUGGUGUUUGAAGAGGUACGUGAAGAUGACGCUAUCUUGCCCAUCUUUGAGGAGAAGAUCAUCGGGAAAGUCGAAAAAAUAGAUUGAAGGUCACGUUGAAGAGGAAGGCAGCGCGUGAUGGAUGCGGAACAAUUGGAGGUUGAAGAGGAAGUGUUUUGGGAUUGAAUCUGAAGGAGCAUGAGAGGAAAGUGACACGGGAAAAGUGGAUGUUGAAGAGCAGAGCGGUGGUCACAGCAGUUGUGAGGCUCGGGGAGAACCACUGCAGUGACGUUGGACUAGAAGGAAAGAAAAAGGACCUCAUUCACUUGGUCGGAGUGUAAUGUAGCAUUGUAAAGUUUACUAGAUGAAGAACAAAAGUGCUACUAAAGCAACAUAUUUUUGAUAUGACGUAUCAGAGGUUGCCCUUUCUAAAGUAACCACUCUUGUCAUUUUUAUAUGUAUUGGUACCAGAUGUGUACAGUUUGUGUUAAAAGAUAACAACAUUUUAUAUCUAUUUAAGUAUUUAAAAUGCUCAUUUUCAAUCCUAUUGAAGCAGGAGUGUGGCCCCUGUUGGAGACGAUCAAAUCCUUUUUAGGGAUGACUCUAUUGUUUGUUUUUGCUUUUAAUACUUCACUUUAAUAACACUUAAUUUUAUGGUAUUCAAUCUGCACUUUCAUUGUAUGGUACGCCACUGAAUAUGUCUCAGUGUAGGCUGCAAUGUGAAUUUCUAAAGCACCAACAUAAGUGGCCAGAAAAAUGGAAACCCCUGUAGAGUGUACUGCAGUCCAGCACACAGCCUGGUGUCCUAAAAUAGUACUUUAACAACAUUAUUGUGAGUUACCGCACUGCAGGAGAUCAGUUUUAGAGCUAACACUUUGUGUGUUUUUCUGAUUCCUAACAACACCACACAGUUAUCAUUUAUUGUUGUAUUGGCUUGCAUAACUGCAUACUGCAAAGGUGGUUUUCAUUUUGAUGGUUCCUUGUUGUAUGCUCCAUGGCAGGUAGCCAUUAGCUAUGUUUAUGUACACGUGCGUCACUGUUGUUACCCCAACUAAAUUGAAGUUGUAAGAAAAUUGUCUAACAAAUUAACACAGCAGAUGCAAUAAUACUGUGAAAAAGGGUGAAUAUCUAUGCAGGUUGGGUCCCUAAUCCCAAAACGACACUGGCCCUUUAUGUUAAUUGUCCCCUUUAAUCAUUUGGAAAAAUAUUAAAACAACUAGAGUCCACACUUUAGGACAUUUAGGUUUUUAGAAGCCUUUUCAGGGUUUUAUCCAAUUCAAAUUUGUAUUUAUUAUACUCAGUCAGUUAAUCAGGCUGAAAUUCAAUAUGGUUGAGACCAUUUUUCUAAAGUUUCUACAAUUCCAAUUAUGUUAAUCCUGAUUGAAUUAGAAAUAUUAUCUUGUUUAUAAAUUGAAAAUAAUAGUAAGGGCCAAUGAAUAUUUAGUGGUGAAUUUUUUCUAGUUUUCUUUAAAUUAUUUCCACACUGAAAAGUUGAGUACUCACUUCAGCUUUCGAGGUUGGUUUUUUUUUCGUGGAAGGGAAGCAUUUUCGUGGAAGAGAGGCUCCUUGAAGAAGUCAUAUCACAGCGUUUGAAUGAGAGGCCAGUGAAUGUCAUCAGAAUACUAUGAAACCUAGAUAUAGUUUCACAUUAAGGCAUAUUUAAACCCACUUUGAGUGCUACCUUUUUACAGUCGGUGUAGAGGAGUGCUAACAGACACUGAAAUGUUGCGUUUAUCGUGUUUACAUCUAGUAUUUAUUAAUUGUAGCUCCAUGUAUGUGUUCAUUUAUGAGAUCCCCAAGACUAACCCUCUUUUAAUCACUGCUUUGUAUCCGUUUAGAAGGGGCUGAUCUCUCAUCUGUAGCCUGCUCUAGCUAAUCGCGGCUACAUCGUGUGCCUAGCAGUAAUGAAUUGUUUAGUGCAAAUGAUCUACUGUUGAUAGAUCAGGUUACACCAAAGAGAAUAAAGUAGAUGGUAGUUGCCAUAGGCGCGCUCUUGAAUUCUCACACAUUGAUAUAUACCUUCAUUUUGUGGCGGCACUUAGUUGUUGUUAUGUUAUAUUUAAGCUUAAGCAUGAAGAUUCAGAAUGUUUUUGCAAUGAACAAGGUGUGCAUUUCCUGAUGCAACUUGUCACACGGGACGAAUCCUAAAAUCUGCAGAGAUUCAGACGUUAUUCUUAUUAUCGCCUCGCUGAAAAAUGUCUCAGGCAAAAAUACAUUUCCUGUCCCUGCUAUUUGGCUCCAUAAAUGAAACGUUUGCACUGGAAUUGAACAAACAAAUCUGGAAAGCAACAUGACAUUUAGAGUCAAGGUCUCUGUGUAUUUCCCUGUCCCUAGUCAUUGAAAGCCUUUAAUAGACGCUGGACCUUGAAACCAGAGUGCUGUAUCGUGUGUCGUUGCUCAAAAACCCACUGUCAAAACGAUGUUGUUUAUUCGCAAGCUGUUUAUCAAUGCUGCCUUUUUUUUUAGAUUCUUAACUUAAAUCAGUUUAAUAUAUACUGCAUUGUUAAAUUAUACACUAUUGAGUUCAUAAUCAAGUUAAAUACUAUAAGUAUUAUCUUGAUUUGAUUUUUAUUUCAUUUGAAAUGUCAUAUCUGUGAAGAUUCUUACUGUGAAAGCCCCAAAAGUUAUUAUUUAAGAUCAAUGUAAUGUAUAUAAUAAACAUCAGAGUGCCUUUACUACUAUGCUAAUGACAUCUGCUGUGUGACUUUCACACACGUGGGGGCAUAAAUACCGGGAUUUAUUUUUAGAUGUAUUUUUAUUGUUUAAUGUUUGUCACAUUUCCACUUUUUUUUUUCUCUGUAAAUAUGUACAAAUUUGUCAUCAGCCAGCAGCCCACUCACUACCCUGGACCUGUUUCUGUUCAUACCUAGCAUGGUUACCGUUUAAAGGUACCCAGACAAUAAAUUCAUGCAAUAAACCAGA